AGACUAGGAAUGCGUUUGCCAACUUGAGGAAGCAUUAACCUAAUCUCUAAGAGAAGAGCCAGGGUUGCCCAGAAUAUGGCAGGAGUUAGGAGCAGCCAGUGGUUCUGUGGUGGGUGAGGAGCAGGAGGCAGUAGGGAGGGGGAAGGUGCCGCGGCAGCACCCACGGGACCAUCACAGUCGCCACUGUAGCCAUGAGCACCGCUGGCCACCGCUACUGCUGCCACUUCAGCCCUAAUGGCUGCAGGUCCCACCGCUCUGCCUCCACCACCAUCGCUGCCAACUUACCACCAUCGCUGACACCAAAUCUGCAACUGCCGCUGUCACCACCACCACAUCUGUACCUCCAUCAUCAAUACCAACAGCACCAGCAUCACUUCUUCACUUUGCCGGUGAAUCCAAGCGUGUGUCCCUCCUCUAUCACAAUAAGAUCAACUGAGUUGUGGCAUACCAGCUGCAUGAGACGAUCUGACGUGGAUCUCCUAACUGCUGUUUCUUCAUCUACAUUAGAGCACUGGCCAGACCUGACAGCUCAGAAUGACGUAAGUGAGGCUGGAUCGAAACAGCCAGGAAAAGAACUCAGCAGAGAGAGUGUCUCCAGUUCCUCAAAUGUCUCUUUCUCCUGUGUGUGGAGAGCCCAUGCAUUACUCUCUCCCGGCACUUUGGAACACAGCCAUGAUUGUGAGCCCCAGGCACUUCAUGGUGCCUCCUUCUCUGAGGAUGCCACCCAAAUGUAUGGUCCCAACUCAAGGUGGAUCCUCCCACCGAAAAAGAUGCAGACUUUUAGGAAACUUCUCCUUUUGCACAAUCUAGUUCUUCCUUGAGAAUUAAAGAUUGCCAACUCCCGCCCCCGCUUCUUACAUCGCUCCAGGAAGACCGGUACCCUGCUUUGAAGUGGGACUGCUCGGUUAAGAAACAUCCUUCCCUGAGCAGUUCCAGGCCCUGAACAUCUGUGAGGUCUCCUCCGAAGAUGUGUUCUUUACUGCAGAGCCCCAGAGAGUGGGUGAACCCAUGCUUCAGCAGCAAGAGCUGCUCUCUCAAAGUUCAAGGGCUGAAGACCAAGUUAUAGGUAUGUGCCACCACAACCUGCUGGGAGAAGGGUUAAAAACCCCCAAAGGAAAGCCACAAGGGAUGGACUGGAUCACUGAUCUUCACAAGGAGUGAAAAUGUGGGAUUCAUCACAUAGCCACAAAGAAAUGCACUUUUUUUUUUUUUUUUUUUUUUUCUGGAGGUGAAUUUUCUGCUUGCUGAACAGAGCAGAUGGCUGUGCUUGAGAUGGGAAAGGAAAUUGCUAGCCCCAUCCUCUGGCAUAGAAUUGAGGAAGAAACAAUUGACUAACUCACCAGUCUGGGCUCUGAUUCCUCUUCUGUACCCUCUGAAGGUUUCUCCUGCAGAUGUGCCUGUCAUCAGAGAGUCUUUGAGGAGCACUGACCUUCUCCUAAACCAAUGGAGAUCUGCCUCACCUGUGCGAUGUACCCAGAUUCUCAGCCACCUUCCCUGAGCCCCUGUAGUCUGUUCCUGCCAAGCUGCAGGAUUUCUUCCUUUGAAUUCUCUCUUUCUGCCCAGUGGGGUACAUAGUAGGUUUCUGUUUUCUGUAUACAUACAUACAUACAUACAUACAUAGAUGCCAUUUAUUUCUGGAGUGGCCAAAAUGGAUGGUGCUUGAAGCUUUCCUAUAAUGCCCCACAUUAACAAAGUGGCCACUGUCCUGAUUUGUCGUUGACUUUUCCAGCUUCAGCCUCAGCAAACUGGCAUCCUUGGGUGGCUUACUGGAAGAUUCCAUAUGUUCAUCUUCAUGGGUCCUUCACAUCACGGAAGAGGAUGACAUUAAACAAAUGAUUCUACAACAAAAUGAGCAGCUUGCCCUCUGGAUUAGUGGGCUCUGCACCUACUGACUUAGCCAAACUCUGACUGAAAAUUUCCCAGAAAUUGCAUUUGUACCAAAAAAUGCAGACUCUUUUCUUCCUGACAUUGCCCCCAAAAACUACAGUGUAACAUCUGUGGUGUAUCUCCACUGGAUGUGGGGGAUGUACACAGGUUACACAGGAAUGCUGUUACAUCCACAUAAGGGCUUGGAGCAUCCUGGAGGAAGGAAGGAAGGCUACUCUGAAUGAGGGCAGGAACACUCUACAGGCCAGGACACUGGACUCAAAAAAAAAAAAAAAGGAAAGCAGAAAAGAAAGCCAGCUGACUACCAGCAUAACAGCAUCUGCCUCUUUCUAUAUCCUGAUCUGGCUAGACGGCAGUGAGCUCCUAAUGCCACCAUCAUAGACUGCAUCCUCUGAACCAUGAGCUGCAAUAAACCUUCCCUCUGGUGUGCUGUUCUGUCGGGCAUUUUGUCUAAGCAGUGAGAAAGUAACUGAUAGAAUUACUCUAAGUAUUCUGUGCCCAGAAAUCACACCAAUGAAUGGAAAAGUGCCUUGAUCAAGAGGGACACAGCCUGUCUAACACAAAGUGAUGGGUGCAGUGAACCGGAGGCCUACAGUCUCUUGGCCCCGAUCACCUGGCACUGCUUGUAUUUUAAUUAGCAUUUCAAGUACCAGAAGCUCUCUCUGAUGAAUUUUUUAAAAAGGUCUAUUGAAAGGGUAUUAGAAGGAAAAGCAGAAACACCAGGUCUUGACAGAGAGAGAAACAUUUGUUUCUUAGGAAGUUGGAGAUGAGUAAGACCAACACCAGGACCAGCUCACUUCAUUCAGUUUUCAUUACAAAAAUUGGCUGCAGCCGUUCAGUGCCCUUGGGUUUCUCUGCCUAAUUUCUUUGUGGUUUUGGUUGAAGACUUUUAAAACAGUUUCUCAUAUAGCCCAAGCUAGUCUCAAACUUAAAAUGUUUCAGGAGGGUAGCUUUGAUUGUGAUUCUCCUGCCUCCACCUCCCGAGAGCUGGGAUUACAGGUGUGUGCUAUCUCACAUGGCCCCUGCCUAAUGCUUUUAUUACAGGAAGAGAGAACCUGGUACAAAAGCUUGGGUCUCAUGCCAAGACUAGACUAGACUAGAGAGACACCGUCAUUGGAAAGCCUAAGACUGCUUGUAGAUUGGCUCAGAUCUCAGACCUCUUGGGCAAGUAUUUUUGUUCAGUAGGCGAUGGGUUACGUACACUGGGAACCCAAUGGGUUAAAGUGAGGAGGCUAAGCCACCGAGGGGCGCUCAGCCACAACUGGGAUAUUGGGGAGCAUCUCAGAAAUGUGCUGGAAAGAUUUUAAGAGCCAGAGGCCAGGGAAGUCCACAGAGAAGCAAUGUCUUCUGGAUAUGACGGGACACUGAACUCACGGCGGCAGCUGUGGCUUCCUGCAGAAGGGCUGAACAGGACUGAGCCCCUCAACUCAAACAUGGAGUGGGAAGGGGCUCAUGAGCCCCACCCCUGAGGAGCUCUGGUCAGCUGCCAGAGGAGGGAAGCGAUGGUUUUCCUUAAGGGUGUAGCUCCUGGGAGGAGGUCAGCCAUGCUCCAGUAGAUGGCCUCCUACCAGGAGUAGAUGGCAGCACUAAUUUGAGUUGAUGGGUUAUGAACUGAAAAAAAAAAAAAAAAAAAGACACAAGUUUGGGGAUAGGAAGGGGCCCCAGAUCUGUGAGGAGUUAAGGGAAAGGAACAGAGUAAAUAUGAUCUAAAUACACUGUACAGCUGGGCGUGGUGGCACCUGCCUGUAAUCCCAGCACUCUGGGAGGCAGAGGCAGGCAGAGUUUGAGGCUAGUGUGGCCUACAAAUCGAGUCCAGAGAAACCCUGUCUCAGAAAGAAACAAAAGAACACUGUAUAAUAAAAUGAGGAGACGAAAAGAAAGGAAGGGGAUUCUAGACCAUGCAUCAGGGUGACAGGUAAGUGCUUAGCCUGAGCAACAGAGGGAACAGUACUGGAGAUGAAAGCUCAGGUACUACCUACUCCCUCCUCUCAAAAGCAGUCAGGACCUUUUCCGUGUCUGCCCCAGGGUCCCUGUCUUCAGAGUAGCUCUCUACUAGCCUUGUGUUUGGCAUACUUUAUUACCACAGGUAGCCCCCUGCAGAUAGCUGCCUUCCUGGGCCCAUGUGUUGGAGCCAUCAAGCCAAAGUGCUUCCUGCUUGUUUGCUCUUGAGCAGCGGCUUAGCCACCCAGCUGUCUCUUCCAUGUGUGGAGUCAGCUCCCCUAGUGAGAAAUAGCUCGCUUUACCCUCCAGGAGAACACCUGACUGUGUGUGGCCUUCACAGUAGAGCAGGGAGUGCUGCUGGUGUCAGGUGGGACCCUGCUAAACAUCAGCUGUGCACAGGACAGCCGGUGAUCAGGCCCUAAUUGUCCACAGUGCUGAACUGAACCUUGGUCUCAGCUGAGAGCCACCGCCUCCCCCUCUUCCUCAAUCAGCCACUCAGAUCUUUCUCUCACGCCCCUGACUGCCUUUUCCUCCGGGUACGCUAUUGCCAUCCAAAUGUUUGGUUGCUGCUUGGCACCUGUGCCUGGACUAGAAGAUGGGGCCUAUGACAUGGCCUUCAGUCCCGGUCGGCUUCCCUGGCAUGCAGUGUGUGUCACAGUGAGCAGGUAUUGUUCAGCGAGUGUUGUUAAGGGAGUGGCUCAGCUCCUCAGAGGCCAGGGGUCAGAGAGCCACAGGAAACCUCGUCCUUGGUCUGGCCAAGCUCUUAUGAGGCAGACUCAGCCUCCGUGGAUGGCUGGCAGAUGUCAUAAGUCUCCUGAGCCCGAGUUUCUGCACCUCUACAGUGAGGCUGUUAACAUUGGCCCUUUCAUCAGGAGCUGCAGUGCAGAGCAAGUAAUGCAUGGGCUGGAGAAAAUGCCUGACUCCGACGAGCCUCAGCAAACGCCAUGUGUCUUCAUCGGUGGCAUUGUCAGUCAGGACCUGCUGGGGCAGGCAAUGGGGAUGAAAGAAUGGGCUCUGGGCUACUAGAUUAGGGAUUAAUGCAGUUUGCAAGGCCAAAGCUGUCUGCCUUUGGUUUGGCCAGCUCUUGCUCCAGCUGUGAUAUGAAUGGGAUGAAGUCUUGCCCCAAUCCCAUCAGAGAGCAUGGAGGGAGGGUGGCAGAUGGCACUGUCUUUGAAUUACAAAAAAUGGGAAGAAAUUGAAGUGCCCCAUUGCAGCAGACAUGGGCCGUGAGAGGGGAGGAGCAGGAGUUGGCCUGAGAGGAAACAGGUGCCUUUUCAACUGGAUCCUCUUGAGGGUAGCUGAAGAUCUAGAGUAAUAUUCUUUUACAGCUGUAAGAGAGAGAGAGAGAAAAAGAGAGGGAGAGGAAAAGAGGGAGAGAGAGAGACCCUUGAGUUUGCACAAGCAUUUUCUGUGGAGUAAUCUGAGACCUUGAUUCUUUGACUAGUAUAAUUUCCUCACUGACCUGGGUCAAGGCUGGUGACAAACCCUGUCCCGUGACAUCCUGACUACAGGCACCUCUAGUCUUCAGAAGACACCUGCAAACAGGCACCUGUACUGGACGUUUUGGUUUCUUUGUAAACUCAAUUAUGUUAUGUAAAUUUGUUUUAAUUCCAAGUGUGGGGUUUUAAUUGGGUGAUAGCUUGUCCACAGCUGUUAAUUGUCUCGUGUGGGGUGUGGCCUUUGACUGCUGGUAACGGCCUGCCUCCUGCGGCAUGGAGAGGAGCAUGGUCCAGGGCUCUGAGGAUAGAAAUAUAAGAACCCAGAAAGAGGAGUAUGGCAUGUGGUGGUGGUGUGUGGCGAGUGGCAGUUUGGAGAGACCACAGACAGACAGUGUGGCAGACAGAUAGAGAGAACCAUUUCAGGGCACAGAGGCUUGGAGGAGACUGCUGACAGCUAUUGAGGGAGAUCGGCAUAGCCCUAAAAGAACCCAUUGACCCUAAACAGCCAGGAGGGGGCCGCGCCCCUCCCACUCACUUUCUCUCCUACUUAGGGUUGGGAGGUUGGAAGGGAGGUAGAGGCCUAAACACCCCAAAUAAAGUAGAGUUUAGAAACAAGCGCUACAGAUACCAUUAUCUAGAAGGAACUCAGGGCUGGGCAGACAACUCCAGGAACUUCCUGUUCGAGCCUGCGCGUGAGCCACCAACAGAGUGGGACGCCGUCUAAUCCGCUGGCCAAAAACCACACACUGUCUCUUACACUCACCAAACCUAACUUUCCUUCACUAUGAAACUUGAGAAACAGCAGGAUCUGCCUCACAGUUAGGCAGACAGACAGACAUGCACAGGUAUAGCUUCUCAUCCUGGGCAGGACACAUAAAAAACGGUUAAUGAAAUCUUAGUAUUGUGGCCAGAAUCGACUUUAAUGCCAACCUGCCCUCUGGGCUUUGGAACCCUAAGGACAGCUCCUGUACAUAGAUUUGUCCUUUGUUCUCAGCACGGCACCUGACACCAGCUAAGGACUCGGUAAAUGGUACUGGCUAGUGGUUAGAGACUGGUACCCUUUGGGACACCCGAGAUUCUUAGUCAGCACCAUGUGACACCAUGGAAUGCUGCCAGUAAUGCGUGUGACUCUUUGUCACUAGUUUGAACUUUAAUCCUAAGUGGAUAAAGCAACCCUGGCCAGUAGUGAAGUGGCCCUGAGUGUUUUCCCAGCCUUUCCCGGCAGCAAGAAGCCUUUCCCCAACCACACCAUAGGCAAUUUGCAUUUAAAUUGGUUUUUUUGCUCAUUACAGAACUCUUGCAGGUCAGCUGGAGUUUUCAUUCUCCAGAGUCAGUAUGGACUCUCCAUUUACCACUUGAGGGUCCCUCAUGCCGCCUGCCUCUCUUCCUGACAUCGAGAUAGAGUCACGGAACCUUGGAGUGGAGGCUAGAUAUCCUAAGAAUAUUUCUCAAGUCUCAUCCACGAGGAGGAAGAAACUGAAGGAUCUUGGAUUUAGAACUCUGGUCUCGUUCGUUCCAGCACUGUCCACAAAGCAUGCUGCUGAGUGCUGGGCAUGCUGAAAUAAAUGGGACACAUCUGCUGCCCUCCAGGGGUUCCUGUCUGGUAAAGGAGAGAAAACCAAGGCUUGAAACAACAACAAAUCACAUUGUAUUCACAGGAAUAAAGAAAUGUCAGAAUGAAUUCCUGCCAUACGACAGGCUUUCAGAAAGUGUUUGUCAUGAACCACAACAGUGUCUGUGUAUGAACACACACAUACACACACACACACACACACACACACACACACACUAACAUUUUCCUUAAAGCACUCCUAAGUAUCUCCUAAGACAGGGCACUUUAAAGUCUCCACUUAAAACCCUUCCAUGCCCAAGAAAUUGUCACACAAUAUGAGCACAAAGUAAACAGUGGAGAUCCACAAACCAAAUAUUUCCUGAUAACAAGCCAAACAGAAAUGUAUUUAAAAUGAUUCUUGCAUACAUUCAGUUUUUGUACUUGUUAAAGACAAAUAAAACUUGCAUCCGUA